GGUGUAUGCGAACAGGUAACGCUGCACCUUCCCUUUUUUUUUGUUUUCCUCCUAAAGGAGCGAACGGUAUGGCGUUUGCCUGACAAAUCAACACGUUAAAACAAAACUGAAAGGAUUUACAUUUAUUUAUUUUAUUUAUUUAUUUUUUUUACUUUUUACAACUGGCUGCAAGAAAACCCUGAAGACUGGACUUUGGAGAUCCUGGAAAACCUCCUCACUCACCCAGGCAUGACUCUGCCUCUGUGCCUCAUGCAUGUGUGUCUGGACUGAUUACUGCCCCAACCUGUGCUCCAAUAACAGAAACUUCUGGAGAGGAUGACAUCUCUGCUGAACACACUCUCCCUGUGUCUCCUUGUCCUGUGGAUCUUUGUGAUCCGGGGAGAGUUGGUGGAGCCCCCUCCAGGAGUCAUCAUACGCUCCUUGACAGAGACGGAGACUGUCCUGCCUUGUCGCCACCAGCCCAGUGAGGGCAGCGUGGUGGUGGUGCAGGUGACGUGGUACCGGGAGAAUCCUGACGCCUCCAAGGAACAGAUCGUCACUGCGCACCACUUGAAUGGACAGACCGCGUUUGGGGCGUGGUCUUCACGUGUGCGCUUCAAGAGCAGUGAGCCCACAGUGGACUCCUCUCUGGUCAUUAUGAGCACAGAGGUCUCGGAUGAGGGGAAGUUCAUCUGUCAUAUCAGCACCUUCCCAUCUGGCAACUUCGACAGUGAGGUUUCCCUCAUCGUAUGGACCAUUCCUAUCUCCUCCCUGGACCCUGUGAUUUUGGUGGAGGGACAGUCCUACCGCCAGGCCGCUUCCUGUCGCUCCAUAGCCCGCCCACCGCCCCGCCUCUCCUGGGACACCGAACUGAACGGCCAGUCCACGAACCGCUCCUCGGACAGCGGGGCGGUCUCCUCGCACUUCUCCCUGCACCCGCUGAGGAGCAUGAACGGCCAGAAGCUGGACUGCCUCGUGUGGCAUCCGACGUCACCAAACCCCCGCAGACUCAGCAACCACCUGGUGGUGCACUUCCCUCCACACGCGAAGGUGUCCGGCUACAACAACGACUGGUACGAGGGUCUGGAGAACGCUGCUCUGAGAUGUGUGAGCGGAGGAAACCCCAAACCACAGAGUUUCACCUGGAUCAGAAUAGGUGGAGAGUUGCCCAGAGGUGUGAUCCCUCACCCUAACGGAACACUCGCUUUUGGGCGACCUUUAAGCCUGUCUGACAAAGGCACCUACCAGUGUGUGGCAAAGAAUGAAGUAGGGGUAGGGAAGGCGGAGGAGAUCGAUGUGAUAGUCGCCGAUCGGCGGAGCUUGCCUGAGAACAUGUUGAUGCUCAUCGUGGGGGGUGUGGCCAGCGGGCUGCUGGUCUUGAUGCUCAUCAUCGUCAUCGCAGUCACGUGCCUCCACAGACGCAGGAACACCAAGCUGGAGAAGGAGCUGACUGAGAAGAAGGAGGAAAUAUGCACUCUAUCCCGACAAGCUUCUUUCAGGAGAAUGAACUCUGUCAGCACAGAUACCAGAGGAGCGACGGAGGAGAACAUCCCUCUGAGGGUGGAGGGAACCCUGAGGACCAGCCUGUCGUCCCUCGGGGAGCAGACGUACUGCCGGGACAGCCGAUCUACUAUCUCAGGUGGAAGAGGAGGAGGGGGAGCAUUUGACUACAUGGGCAGACCGGUCCUGCACAACAACACGCGCAGGGGACAGAGAGACAGGCCUCUGGAUAGAGAUGAGGAGAACAGACUCCGAGUGGAGACAUAUGUGAGAAAUAGCACGAUAUCUUUGCAGGAAACUCGUUUCCACCCUCCUCUCACACCCACGGCCUUCCCGAUGGUCCAGUCCACUGAGAUUGUGAGACAGCUCAAUGGCGGUGCCAUGAUCCCGUCGGAAAGCAGUUCACGGCCAGAGAGUGUCACCAAAACUCACCAGCACCCUCCAAUGAGCUGCAGCUACCCACCAGUGACAGAUGAUGAGGAUGAAGUGGAUGAAGGUUUGGGGGGUCCUGCCAGCCAGGAGCAUCCCGAUGACCAUGACAGCGAGACCAACAGCUCCCAGGUGUCUGAGGCUCACAGCGCCCGCUAUCAGCAGACUAAUGGCACAUUUAGGCCCAAACCCAGACCAAGCCCCACUCUGAUGAGUCCCCAUGCCUCCCUCAUCCACAAGGCUCAGAUAGUGUAGCCGGGGCCACUGGACAAAAACAUGCGCAACUACAGAACUGACAGGCUGUUGUCCUGGAGGUGAUCGCAAUGUGGAUACACAAGAAAAAACAUUUUGUGGUCAGUUUUAUGAAAAAGCUGCACCUUGACUACAACGGUACAUCUCCUUUAUUGUGAGAAACGGUGCAAUAGAACCAAAUCCUGAAAAGAAGGCUCUUCUCCAAAGCAUCUGAUGUUUGACUCUGGAUUUGUGACAUCUGCAGGAUCCACUGCGACAUACAUUCCCCAAGAUUACUGACACAAACACCAAGGUCACAAUAUUUCCAGUUAAAUGGACUGCAUUUAUAUAACCGUAUUGGCUUCUUCGUAGCUUUACAAGUCGCAUUCACCCAUUGCCAUAAAGUGCCUGUGCUACACUGGUUUCAGUAUCUUGCCCAAAGACAUUCUCUCACGUGGAAAGAAAAGAGCCAGGGAUUGAACUGCCAAACUUUUCAUUAUCGGAUGCCCUUAAUCCUGAGCCACAGCUGUUUCUGCAACCAGCUCUGACGAACAGAUGGAUGGAGUGGGAUGUCAAAAACACUAAAAGACAGUGGAAAAUCAGGAAAUGCAGGAGAAGGCUGUGCUUAUGUUGGUACAUCAGAAAAGUACAUUGCAACACCUCUGGAUACUGAGGGUGUUAGUUUACAAUAUCUGUACCUGUUAACUUCCCUUACACAAGAUGGUUUGGGCUCUGAUCCAAAACAGGGCAAUUACGCUCUUGCCACACCUGCAACAUGCGCACCUGUGCCAUAUUGUUUUACUGUCCUCGUGUCUUUGUCUUAAGCACUGAGACAGUUUGGAAUCUGGAAAAUACUUCGUACAACAAAGACAUAACUUAAGUGUCUUGUACUGUAAAUGAUUCGGUCAUUUGUAAAUCUGCUGUACAGAUGUUGUCAUUUUUUCUCAGCUUGUUCAGAAUACAUUUAAAGCAGUGGCAUCUAAUGGUGAGACUGCAGCUUGUUUUCCAAAGGCAAGACUCGGCCGCUCACCCCUCCCAUUUUCAAAUAGCCUUUGCAUACCAGGAAGGGCGUUCCUCUUUGUGUGUGGAGCAAGAUGGCAGCCUUCAUAAAGGAAGACCCUUGUCUAAAGGACACAGUAAAUGUUUAUUGUGAGGCUAUAAAAACCAAAUAAUAUACUUUAUAUUUGAGUAUUCAAGUUCCGACAUUAAAACCUCUGAAAUAUUCACCCACACCCUGUACCUUUAAGACACUUAAUGUCUUUAGGUGGUGUAAAAAAAUAUUUUCAAGAUCAGUUAUUAACAGUUAAACUUGGUACGUGUAUCAUUUACACCCAUAGAUGUAAAAAAAAAGUAGUACAUAAUCAAUACACCCUGCUGCUGUUACUAGCAUAAAACCUAAAACAAUAUAGGUGAUUAGCAAUAGUUAAUAAACUAAUGUACAUACAUGAAAGAGAUAAGUCACAAAGGGGAUAAACAUGUGAAUUAUUUGUAAAAUAUGUUAUAAAUGACAAAACAGUGCGGGAACAUACUGUGCAGUAUCUGUGCUUUGCAAAGUUUCCUCUGAUCCAAGACCUGGGGAUGCCUCUCAGGUUGAAUUUGACCUGACCUGGUACAGAUUUUGAGUAUUGUAAAACCAAGCAUGUGUUGUUAAAUCUGUGACUACUUAUUUUCUGUAUAUACUGUAUGUAUGUAUGUGUGUGUGUGUGUGUGUUCUAAAUACUUGUGGGUUCUGUUACAGUCCUAGUAUGGGAAGCCAUGUGCCAAAGGGAAGAUAUAAAAAUCACUUUUUAUUUCAGCAAAAAGAACGAAUAUGGUUCAUGAAUGUUGUGCAACAAAACAAUGUGCCAUAUAAACAGCAAAGUAAGAACAACAGAUAAAUGUAUUAUGUUGCUGUCUAUAUUUGUUGCAGACAGCGCCCCCUGAUGUGUACAACUUUAUAAUGCAGGGAUCUGAAUGACACUAACUCUGCAUUCCAAUGUGACUUUAUCUUCCUUUGCAUGCGCCUGGAUUUUCAGUUAUUUCGAGGGCUGCUUCUUGUAUUGAUGGGUUGAAAUAAAUGUACUUGCUUUUUUUUCUAA